GUGAUGUCUGCGGUGUUGUUAUGAGCACCGUUGCGGAUCUUCAGAAAUCGUUCUGUUUCGCUUGCCUGUAGUGUCAUCGUAGUCGUUCACGUUAUUGUUGGUGUACGCCAGCUUAUUUAAGCCACUCCGCGUGACGAGGCAUCAAUUCAAAAAGAUAUUGAAUUGUAUGAAACUAAUACGAUCGUUGAAGUACCAGGAGGUGUAUGCACAGGAGAAAGUUACCAAAGUUGAUAGCUUAUCACUCGUACUGUCUGGGAAAUUGGUUGUAUCACAGAACCAAAGAGCUUUGCAUAUAGUAUUUCCUCAUCAGUUCCUAGAUUCGCCCGAAUGGUUUGGAGUCUCUACGGACGAUUAUUUUCAAGUAUCUAUAAUGGCUAUGGAAGAGUCACGUGUUCUUAUUUGGCAUCGUGACAAAUUAAAAUUAUCUAUAAUGGCCGAACCGUUUUUACAAUCGGUCUUCGAUCAUAUUUUGGGGCGGGAUGUCGUUAAAAAGCUAAUGCAAGUAACUCAGGUGAGUGAGUCUAUAGCAAGUAACGGGUUUUUGCCAUCGGGCAAUUAUGACGAUGCAGAAGACAAACCAAUGUUGAUUAUGAAGAAAAAUGUGGAAGGUCAUGGACUAACGGCAUUAAUAAAUCGCCAACUUCAAGGUAGAAAUCUAGAUUUAUAGGUCGAUAAGUACGUUAUGGAAACAGGGGAUAUUAAGUGGAGAAUGUAAAUUUGGAAAACUGCAUAUUUAAUGAGACAUCUGUUGGUCAAUACAUACUAAUACUCGUACAUAAAAUCAUACUAUUUAACAUAGCGUUACUAACCGUAGAUUUGGUAGUGCAUUUCGAAUGCUAAGAAGUUUUAAUUGUUUAUCUUCGUACUGGCAGAACGUUACU